UGAACGUUGUCGUUGCCGUCCUUGUGCACUGCAGAUGAAAACAUUACAAACCUCGGUUGCCUAUGAGUUAUAUCCCUGAAUACGCACGAUAAGUUUGACCCAACUCCACCGUCGCUAUAUCUGAUUGUGAAUCAUGCCUUCCGUCAGUGAGUACAUCAGUACCAGGCCUGGCCAGUUAAAGAUCGCCGAAAUGGUAUUAUCUCUCGCUGCAUUUAUCUCCGCGAUGAUGGCCGAAGUAAUACUGACGCCAACAAAGGGAGUGUCCAUUUACGUCUUCACAAUCUGGGCAUUUGUAUUCGCGAGCACUGUGUUUGUACUGAGCACGUUUGCUUCGGACCAUCAGCCCCGCGCGUUUCCUGUCAUAGUAUUGAUUAUUAACUGCAUGUUGACGGCUCAGCUCCUCGGUGUUGGUAUCCUGGCUGCGGUUCGCGCCUAUCAGUUCACCCUAGUCUUCCAGAUGUUUCUACCCUUUUUGAUGUCAUAUGCCUACAUGACGAUUGCCUGCGCUUGUUUCAUCUUGGCUGAUUUUAUAGUGUUUGCUAUAGACAUUUACUUCGCCUAUUCAGCCUGGAAAUCGUGGAAAUCAAGUUACCAAAACCCAUAUAACACAGGCGCUCUGGCCCAGGGGUUGCCCGCUCCAGUCCAGGGAUUCCCCUCUCCAGCCCAGGGGUUCCCCGCUCCGGUUCAUGGGUUCUCCCCUCCUGGUCAGGGGUUACCUGCAUCUCAGGAGGUAUCUGUAUGAACAUGUCCUGUAUCUUCAGUUCAUGGGCGCCAGUGCGAUAUGAGAGGCAUGGGUAGACUGAUUGUCUAACUAUAUAACGAUUGACAUGCCAACUGGGCAACUGCCCAUGUAAAUACACAUAAUUAACCCCCUGAACUCAGGACCGUGGUGCUUUGACUGUUCAUGUUGUGACUGAGUGAUUUACUAACCGCUAUACUCUGUGACUUUGUUGUGACAGCUGAUUUACCGACCAUCGCACUGUGACUGUGUACGUUGUGACAACUGAUUUACCGAUCAUCGCACUGUGACUGUGUGGUGACUGCGUGAUUUACUGACCAUUAUGCUGUGUAUUGUGACAUCGACUUACUGACUAUUACACUGAGACUAUGUUGUGACUGAGUGACUUACUGACCAUUACACUCUGACUAUGAUGUGACUGAGUGACUUACUGACCAUUACGCUGUAAUUGUCUUUUGAUAGUGAUUUACUGAUCAUUGCACUGCGCACAACAGAAAAACUACAAUUUUGAAUUUCCAGGGCGAAGUUACGUGUAACAUCCCAUUUAUAAGAUGAUCAAUGACUUCAACAUUUUUUGUGUCUGUGUUGUGCAUUGUGCAACUCAUGUCGAAAUUUCGACAUUCUGUUAAUGACACACUCUGAUGACACACGGAGGCAUCAUAUACAAUAAUACGCCAGCUUUAUGUGCAUGGUUUGCUCCUAAUCGUAAUACCAGCUCCAUGACAUAAGAAAGUCGAAAUUUCGAAAAUAAAAAGUCGAAAUUUCGAUACCAACUGCAAGAAAGUAAAAAUUUCGACCUAAGAAAGUCGAAAUGUAGAGAAAAAAGUGGAAAUUUCGACAUAGGAAAGUCGAAAUUCCGACUGUUUUACCCCAUUUAUUUUUUCGCCGUGACACAAUUGGGCUUCCGUACAAUCCCAUUUAGAAAAAGGAAAAAUAUUUACAGAAUUAUAAGU